UUUUUGUUCGGUUGGCUGAUGAUUUACUGUUUGACCAUACCUCCUGUUUUGUGUGUCUACAUACAGUAGUGUGUCUUAAAUAAAGUACAGUUAUUUGUAUUUAUACUGGGCUUAGCAAAGCGCGCACAGUGAUGAGUAAAAGGAAAGCCCCACAAGAAACGUUAAACGAAGGGAUCACAGACUUUCUCAUAGAGUUGGCCAAUUACGAGAGAAAUGUGAACAGGGCAAUCCAUAAGUACAAUGCCUACAGGAAAGCAGCCUCUGUCAUUGCCAAAUACCCAGACAAGAUCAAAAGUGGUGCUGAGGCCAAGAAACUGGAUGGAGUUGGAGCUAAGAUUGCAGAGAAGAUUGAUGAGUUCCUAACCACAGGAAAACUGAGGAAACUGGAGAAGAUUCGAAAUGAUGAUACCAGCUCCUCUAUCAACUUCCUUACCAGAGUCACAGGCAUUGGGCCAGCAGCAGCGCGAAAGUUUGUAGAGGAAGGGGUGAAGACACUGGAGGAUUUGAAGAAGGUUGAACACAAACUCAAUCACCAUCAGCAGAUAGGACUCAAAUACUUUGAGGACUUUGAGAAAAGGAUCCCCCGUGCUGAGAUGGAGAAAAUGGAAAAACUGAUCCUUGCUGAACUGGAGGAAUUAGACCCUGAAUAUAUUGGGACCAUCUGUGGCAGCUACAGGAGGGGAGCUGAAUCCAGUGGGGAUAUUGAUAUCUUACUGACCCAUCCAAACUUCACCUCCCAGUCUGAAAAACAGCCCAGACUUCUGCAUGCUGUGGUGGAGCACUUGGAGUCACUGAACUUCAUCACUGACACUCUGUCCAAAGGAGACACUAAGUUCAUGGGAGUAUGUCAGCUAGACUGUGGUGAUGAAGAGGAGGAAUACCCUCAUCGGCGUAUUGACAUCAGGUUAAUCCCCAAGGAUCAGUAUUACUGUGGUGUGCUGUAUUUCACUGGAAGUGACAUCUUCAACAAGAAUAUGCGAGCUCACGCGCUGGAGAUGGGCUUCACUCUGAAUGAGUACACUAUUCGUCCACUGGGGGUCACUGGUAUGGCAGGUGAGCCUCUCCUGGUUGAUAGUGAGAAAGACAUCUUUGACUACAUCCAGUGGAAGUACAGAGAGCCCAAGGACCGCAGCGAGUGAUAGAGAUGGACAAAACCAGAAGAGACAUUCCAGCGAAACUUGACAUUACGUCAAUCACAAAGGUGUAGAUGCUGUUGAGGUGAUGCUAAAUAUGAGGCCGUUUUGUGUAAGUUACAGAAUUGGAAGUUACAGAAUUGGAUACUGUUGAUUCCACUGUCAAACCAGAUAAAAUGUCCCUUAUUUACUUCCUCUAGAUGCUCAUUCAUUAGAUUUUUACAGUUAAGUACACCAGUGUUGUAAUUUCUGAUUUUAGUAGAUUUUUUGUGUUUAAGAAAAUUCCUAAGGUGCUAAUAGGCCAUUUCAAAUACUUCAGUUUUCACAAGUAAUAUAUUCAAAAGAAAAGCAACUCAUAAAAGACCCUUAACUUCAAGAAAUACUCAAAGUUGCAAAUCCUUUAGAGACUGCAGUACAUGCUUGUGGAUGUCAGGAGGUGGCUGUUUGUACCCUGCAACAAACUGCCGCACUGCUAGUUGGAACCAGAGGCUCUGACAUGUCUUGAUUUUUUUCUCCUUCCCUCAUGUUUUUGUGGUGGAGCUGGUGCAUUGCUUCCACCAGCUGUGGUGGACCUGCUGAGCCUUGUUUUUAUUGAAGCCAUCAGGUGAAAAAUCAUCCUGCUUAAGACCUCUGCUGAGCCAUUUGGUAUUGACAUUAAGGUAGAUUCCACCUCAGCCAUUGCAUUCAGGCCCAGCUGUUUACUCUCUGGGUAGACUUUGAAGGCUCUACCAAGGCAUGUUAUUCUAGACUUAUAUUUAACAGAGAAAUGGGCAGCAUUCAGUGGCCCAAGAAAAUAUCAAUGCUCUCAACCCAACAGCCAGAUGUUAGACCAAAUUUUGAACUUCCACCAUAAAGGUGUACAGUUCAUACCAC